AUGAGCACUUCCGUACAGAACCUGGACUCCCUCAGAGAUGCUACGGCAAGGCUCCUUGCGCUAUCCCGUUCUGUCGGUCAACAUGCGUCGAGUUUUCGAUAUGAACACCUAGCUACGCUAGAACGGAUUGAAGACCAACUACGUCAAGCGUUGAUGUACACGCAGAACGUUCACAAUGCCCUGGCUUCAACGGACCGCCUUCCCGCCGAGAUUCUCUGCAUGAUCUUUGUACAUGUCAUCGUCGACCCGCGACAUUCACAACAUCGCUCACGUAAAGACCUCCGGACUAUCCAAGCCGUGUGUCAGCUAUGGCGCCAGGUAGCAAUGAGCUGCCCAGCGCUUUGGUGGGAGAUCGACCUCGACGAGCGGACAACACCAAGUACGCUCCACGAACUCCUACGUAGGGGCGGCGCUAUCCCGCUGGAGGUUUCCGCCUUCUGCGCGGAUGACCUGCUGAAGCAUAUCGAUCCCUACAUGCCUCAAAUGCGAAAGCUGGACAUCACAUUCAGAACAAGCCCCAUGUUAGACAUGCAACCCUCGCACCGAACCUCGCUCCUGUUCCGACCCGCCCCGCUCCUCGAAGGCCUGCACCUCUCCGCGUACGACGAUGUAGACGACCACAUACAGACGCCGAUGUUGUUCGAGGGGGACGCGCCUCGGCUUUCUCGCCUCUUUCUCGACCAGCACUUUGCCUGGACUACAAAUCGGCUUCCCAACCUGACUCACCUAUAUCUCAAGGCGCAGUACAUGUUCAGCCCCGCAUCGCUCAUCGAUUUCCUUGACUUCCUGGAAGGAUCGCCGCAGCUGGAACACAUCAUACUUCAUCGUGCGGGGCCAUGCGUUGUCCCGGACCUCUUUCCAGUCUUCCCGAUAUCUCGUUACGUGAACCUAAGCCGCCUUCGGACUCUUGUCUUCGAUCUAUGCCAAUGGGAGGUCGUUGCGUGCGUCCUGCGGCAUGUCGUCCCCUCUACUCAGGCCGCGGUCCAGAUCACCGAGCUCAGGCAACUACGUCGUGCUCACGAGCUCCUCUGCAUCUUCGCUCAGGGCGCGGCAUUCAUGAACCACACCAACGACAUGACACAGUUAUGCCUCUGGUGUGGAGAAAGGGUGGCAUGCCUUGCGUGCAAUGGCCCCUCUGCCUCUCUGACGGUCGCUGUGCAAAUGGACGAUGAGGCACCGUCGUCCGUCUGCAACACCCUCGUGGCGGUUCUGGUCACGGAACUCCCGAGCAUCCUCCCUAUCCAACACAUCUUCGAUCUUCGCCUUGCACUCGGUGGAUACAAGCCCGUCUGGCCUCCCGCCGUCGUAGUGUUGCUGCAAUCCCUCUACGCGGUCGAGUCCUGCACGAUCUGGGUCGACCGCGAAGUGGAUAAAAAAUACUGGCGCACCUGUCUGAAGUCCGAGUACAUGGUUCCUCUCCCUCAACUGAAGUCACUUCAGUUCGUCGGGGAGCUCCCUACAUGGUACAAGCCGUUCUGGGCGAUGGGCCUCGCGAUCGGACGGGCGAAGCGUGGCCAUCCACUCGAGAAGCUGACUCUCACGGCAGUCCGGGGCUUCCUCGACACGCCCAACUUCGUCCGUUGGGUCCCAAAGACGAUGACGAUUAGUGGGCAGCGCAUGGCGAAAUUUGUACAAGAGCUUAAGUUCAACAUUAUCGAGUAUUCUCCAAUGGACCCGCCUGAUAUCGGAGCGUGGGACGGCGAAGUCUAG